AUGACCGAUAAACUCCCUCCCAAUCUCCUCGCGCUCUUUGCGCCGCGUCCGCCACUUCGCUGGGUACCUCCAUCUGACCACGCGCCCGAAGAACGAAAGACAGCACACAUCACAGGUGUAGCUGCUUUCCUCCCACAGCUGGAAGAGUACAAGGCCACCGACAAGUACGAGCCUACCGAAAGUUGGUUGCAACGGAAAGACCGGAUUAAAUUGGAGAGGAAGCAGAAGCAGGAAAAACUCCUGAAGGAGGGCCCUUUGUCCUACAAACCUCAAGAGGAUCCCAACAUCCGCGGAGAUGCCUUCAAGACUCUUAUGGUUGCUCGACUAAGUUACGAUGCCACGGAACAUGAUCUCGAGAGCGAAUUCGGUCGAUUUGGGCCCAUCGAGCGGAUCCGGAUAGUGACUGACACCCACCAAGACGAAAAGCCGAACAAGAAAAAGAAGAAGCAUCGUGGAUAUGCGUUUGUUGUUUAUGAACGAGAGAAAGAUAUGAGAGCUGCUCUAGAUAACUGUGAUGGUAUUCGGAUCAAAGAUCGCCGAAUCAAGGUAGAUGUCGAACGUGGUCGCACUGUCAAAGGCUGGAAGCCUCGCCGAUUUGGAGGUGGCCUUGGAGGUCGUGGAUAUACAAAGGCCGUUCCUCCUCGACCAAUGGGCCCUGGUGGUUUUGGUCCACCAGGUGGUCCAGGCGGGUUCAGAGGUGGUUUCCGUGGUGGUUUCGACGGAAGAGGACGAGGCGGAUUCAGGGGCGGCUUCCAAGAUCGCGGUGGCGGAAGGGGAGGUAUUGGCUACCAAGGUGGUGGAGGCUUCUCCAGAGGCGGUUAUGGCGGAGGAGAUCGUGGUGGGUAUAGUGGCUCGAACGGAGCCCCUCCACCCCAUGCACCCGCUGGUCCAGGUGGUUCUCGUAGUGGUGGCUUCGGCGGCGGCUACAGCAGAGGCGGGUAUGGAGGCUCAGAUCGCAACGGUUCUGGCAUGUCAGGGCCAGCUGGUGGGUAUGACCGUGGUGGCGGCCGCUCAUAUGAUGACAGAUCCGGCGGAUACCGCGGCAGCAGCAGUCGAGGUUAUGGGGAUCGUGAUGCACCUCGAGGUGGAAGUGGUAGCAACAUGGAGCCGGUAAGACCCAGAGACGGCGGAUACCGAGACAGAGAUGGCGGAGGGUAUGGCGGUCGACCACGAGAUGACGACUCUCGGAAGAGAGCAUAUGAAAGCAAUGGGUACGAAGAAGAUCCUCGCAAGCUGCGAAGAUAUUAG